AAAAAAGCCCAUUCAGCUCUGAAAGAUCCCUGGUGAGUUUCAUUCCAUGGGCUGCUUCUUGGUCUGUUCCUUCCAUUCUGUUAGAAUUGCAGAACUACACAGUCGACGAGGGGAAGAAAAUGUAAAAGAACACCGUCUCUGAUCGCUGGUCGUGAGAAUAGAUUUAUCCUGCCACUUUUAAUCCAGUUACUUCUGAUGUCCUCCAAGAAUCUAUCAUUGGUCCCCUUCUAUUUCUCAUCUAUAUGCUACCCCUCAGCAGCAUCACCUGAAAACAGAGUCUGUUUCCACAUGUACACUGAUGACACUCGGCUCUAUUUCACCACCACCUGUCUCUUAUCAAAGAUAUUGAAAGUGGCACCUUCCAGUUCAGUUAGAUCCUCAAUGCAGAGCGACAGUGACCCGCACGAGAUUGUACUCCAUGUUGUGGAGUCUAUUAAUGACUUACAUCGCACCAACUCCAGCCUCGAGGUCACUAAGUCUUAUUCAGGUCAAACCCGUUCGAGGCCUUCAACCAUCUUGAUUGCUCAGGAGACCUCCGCAAAUGGGCUGGUGACUGCUCCUUUGCUGGCAGAGAGAGAGCGUGAGCCAGCCUUCAGUCAUUUGGCCAAUUCAGUCCAAGAGUCCCGAGAUCAAUGCGAGUGCAGCUGCGUUUGCUGCCAGUCUACCAGCUGUGAUAAAGUUUUCUAUGCAGUAUUAAUCACGCUGCUGCUGGUCAGCAUUGCUGUUGGAAUGUUCACUGUUUACUAUACAGAAAAAAUGAACAAAGAGCUCGCAGAGAUUUCCCAUCGGUUGGAUUCCUUGGACCAGAGUGUGAGACAGGUGAAAUUUACAAACUACCUACUACGAAAUCCAAUGAAUGUGACAGAGAGCAUGGACACAGCAAGAAUACAUGGGUUACAUUUCGAAGAGAGCACAACUCUCUUGAAAACAUAAUUAUGAUGUGAAUUGAUUGCAACAAGGGGUUCCUCUAAUAAAUGCUUUGGCUAUAGAUUGUGUGGUGAAGCUGCACAUUAACUAAACACAAACAUUAGACUGAUAUCUCUCCAUCUCCGCGUCCAUCACACGCUCUGUCUGAGAGGUUGGUGAAUAUAAGUGGAACAUAGAAACGUCAUAGGCUUCAAUAAUAAAAACAGAAAAGGCUGGAAGUACACACCAGGCCUGGCAGCAUCUGUGGAGUGAGAAACAGUUAACAUUUCAGCUCUGUGACCUUUCAUCAGAACUUCACUUUAUUUCCAAAUUAACAUGGAAAACAGGACCAUUGACUGCUUCUCCACCCACAUUACACAUGGUUCCCACAUGCAUAGAUAUUAAAAAUAAAAACAGUAAUUGCUGGAAAUAAUCAGCAGAUCAGGCAGCCUCUGUGGAGACAAACAGGAGUUAACACUUCAGGUCAAUGACCUUUCUUCAGAAGUGGAGAUGUCAAAAGAUUAACAAUUUUUAAGCAAGUACAGUUAGGGGUGGGAGGAGGUAGGGUUGGGGUGGGGCUGAGGGUGUUGGAGAACAAAGGGGAAGGUCCAUGAAAAGGUAGAGUUUGGAAGUGCCUAAAUGACAAAGAGAUGAAACCAUAAGAUGGUGAUAUGGCACUUGCAAAGAAAUAAAUGAUAGGUGCAAAGGUGGUGUAGAUGAUUAUAACAAAGUGGCUGAGGAGGAGGGAAGCAAGGAAAAUCUAGCACAGAUUGUUCUCCCCCCGCUCCACCCCAUCCACCUUUUUACUGUCUUGUUACUUGCUUAUAAACAGUUCUACCAUUAACGUUUUCCAGUUCUAAUGAAAGUUUACAGAUCUGAAACCUUAACCUGGUUCCUCUCUUCACAGAUUCUGCUGAGCAUUUGUAGCAUUUUAUGUUUUUAUUUCAGAUUUCCAGCAAAUCAGUAUUUUGUUUUCGGUUCUAAAUUAUUAAACACGCGUAUGACAUCUGUUUAGAAUUUAUUAACAUUUUUGUCAAAAUUAACCUUUUGUUAAUGGUUAACAGUGUUUUGCAAAUAAAGUGCAGAAAUUGCACAUUGUAGUGUCCAGUGUUGAAUCUUGCAAGAGCAGAGGAAGUUCUUCAAUGUGACCCUAUGACAAGACAACUCUUUUUGUAAUUCAAAAUUUCUUUUAAAUAAAUUGAACAUUCCCACUGA